AUGCAGAAUAAACUAUACGAAGAUUCUCAAAGGAUCAGUUCUUCAAAUUCUUCUGAUUUCGAAUUCAGUUCAAGUUCUUCUGAAUCUAAUGAUGAAUUGUCAUCGAGUAGUGAAGAUUCAGAUACUGAAGAUAAUAACAAUGAUAAAAAUGAUACACUUUGGCUUACUGCGCCCUUGUACGAAAAUUCAGAAGUGACUUGCGGUGAAGCUAUUUCAAAAAUUUUAGAAUAUCAGUUAUCAAACGCUCACACUAAAGCAUCUUUAGAGGAGUUACUGAAACUCUUAUUAUUACUCCUACCAGAUUCAUCAAAUUUGCCAAAAACAAAGUAUUUCUUAUAUAAACACUUAAGCACAAUUCUUCCAGAAGGUUCAGAACCAGUGUUAAAACAUAGAUUUUGUAACGAUUGUUUAGAAUAUUUGGGAACAUGGGACGUGAGGAUUUCUACUUGUCAUGUAUGCAAAUCCAAAAGGAUAAAGGGCAUGUUUUUAGAAUACAGUAUUAGUUCAAUUAUAAAAGAGGCUUUUGAAACGAAAAAUCUUGCUAAACUUAUUGACGAGUAUCAGGAGGAAUGUGAACUUAGGGAUGAUAACUAUAUAUAUGAUAUAAAUUCUGGUUCUGAAUAUAAGAAAUUGAAAGUAGGGAAAUAUGAUAUCGUUUUGACAUGGUUCACUGAUGGUAUCCAAACUGCAAAAAGUGACAAGUUUAGUUUAUAUCCAAUCCAGGCUCAAAUUGUAAAUAUUCAUCCAAAACAUAGAAGAAAUUUUCAGUUUACAUGCGGUUUAUACUACACGAAAACGAAUGAUGGAGAUAAGCCUAACAUGAAUACUUUUCUGACACCAUUUUCUGGACAAAUGCAAGAUAUGUACAUAAAUGAAGUUGAAUGGUUUCAUGCAGAAUCAGGUGUUAUAAAAAAAAGUAAAGUUGUUGCUCCAAUUGCGACUAUGGAUGCACCAGCUAAAGCUGAAGUUUUAAAUUUGAUGCACCACAAUGGAGAAUAUGGGUGUCCUACUUGUGAACAUCCCGGUGAAACUGCUAAAAAAGGAAAGGGCAUAAAUCAUGUAUUUCCACCUUUGGCUGAAGAUGCUCCUAACCGUACUCACGACAACAUUGUUGAAAAUGGAAAAAAAGCGAAGAGAGAAGAUUUAAAACACUCAAAAGGCAUAAAGGGACCAACUGUCACUGAAAAAAUUCCACAUUUUAAUUUGUCAACCAGUCUUGUUCCAGACUAUAUGCACAUAGUUGUCAUAGGAGUUUUUAAACUGCUGCUAAUGCUUUGGUUUUGUACGACUAACAAAAACGAAGAAUUCUAUGUUAACAAGAAAAUGAGGGAUGACGUCGAACAAGAAAUAAACCGCAUCUUUCCAACUGAUGACAUUACUAGAACACCUCGUCCACUUUCCAAAUCAAAGUUUUGGAAAGCUUCAGAGAAGAGAGCAAUGCUGUUGCUGUAUUUUCCUGUAAUAUUACAAGGAAUUUUAAAGGAGAAGUAUUACCAACACUUCUUACUGCUUGUGCGUGCAAUGCACAUUUUAUUGCAAGAAAAAAUUCAUCCGAUGGAAAUAAACUUAGCGGAAACACUUUUAUACUUAUUUGUCUCUGAUUUUCCAAAAUUAUAUGGUCUCAAUAAUUGUACUUAUAAUGUACAUAUGUUAUUGCAUUUGGCUCAAGCAGUAAGAAAUUGGGGCCCAUUGUGGGCCUGGUCAGCUUUCCCCUUUGAAGACGAAAAUGGAUAUUUAGUCAAAAUGGUUCAUGGUCCAGGUAAAGUUGAAGUAGAAUUGUUCAAUACAAUGAAAUUAAUCCAUGCUUCAAAAGUGUUAAAAACUUAUUUUGAAAAAAGUUGCAAAACUGAACGUCAUGGAAUAACAAAUGCGAUUGCCCUCGGACGACCAAUGUAUGUGAAACUGGAAGAAGAACAUUUAUUAGCUUUGAAAAACGGAGUCUCAGAGAAUUUAGAUGUUGAAAAUUUAAAUGCUUUGAUUUAUUCCAGAGCUAAAAUUGGAAAAAAUGUUUUCACCUCAUCUUUAUAUCAACGACAAAAAAAACGAAAUAAUGCAAACAUUUAUUGGAAUAAUCAAACUUCUUAUGGGUCAAUUAAAUUUUUUAUUAAAAUUAACGGUGAAAUAUUCGUCAUGGUACAAAAAUCCAUUCGUGCAGAUUGUAAUACAAUAAUUCACAAAGAAACGGGAAUAAAAUUUCACAAAUACAUUGUACCUAUCCGCGAAACAUAUACAUUAAUUGUCAUUCCAAUCAAACUAAUAGAAGGGAAAUUUACUAAAAUUCAAGGUUAUGCAACUAUUUAUCCAAACACAUUUGAAAAAAAAUAG